AGUAAAAAAAACCUUCAUAGUCUAAAACCUAACCUUAAAGAACAAAACAUCGCCGCCGAUUCUUACUUCUCCUGCUCUCUCUCUACACAUUGCCCAAAGAAGAUGGAAAGGAUCAAGCUUUCUUUCCCAGCUGACACUCCACCACUCUCAGUCAUCGCUGCUCUCCAUAUCUCAUCCUCUCCGGUGACUAUCGACUCCUCCUCCGCCGCAGCCACCGUCCCCACCUUCGUCUUCUCCGACGGGCGUAAGCUGAGUGGAACCUCCGUUCUUCUCCGCUACGUUGCUCGAUCAGCUCCCUCGCUUCCUACCUUCUACGGCCACGAUGCUUUUGAAUCUUCUCAGAUUGAUGAGUGGGUGGAUUAUGCUUGUGUCUUCGCCUCUGGCUCUGAGUUUGAGAACGCUUGCUCUCGCGUAGAUAACUACCUUCAAAGUGCAACCUUUCUUGUCGGUCAUUCUCUUUCCAUUGCCGAUGUUGCUGUUUGGUCAGCUCUCUCUGGAUCGGGUCCAAGAUGGGAGAGUUUGAGGAAAUCGAAAAAGUAUCAGAAUCUGGUUAGAUGGUUCAACUCUAUAUCGCUUGAGUACGCCGAGCCUCUCAGCAAGGUAGCAGCAUAUACUGUGAAGAAAGGCUCAGGGAAGCCUGUUGCUGCAUCCAAGUCCAAAGACCAACAAACAGACGCUAAUGACAAAGGAAAACCUGAAGUGGACUUGCCUGGUGCAGUCAUGGGAAAGGUCAAGCUCCGGUUUGCUCCAGAGCCGAGCGGUUACCUCCACAUCGGACACGCGAAAGCUGCGCUGCUGAACAAGUACUUCGCGGAGCGGUACCAAGGGGAAGUCAUUGUGCGUUUUGACGACACUAACCCUGCUAAAGAGAGCAACGAGUUUGUUGAUAAUCUUGUCAAGGACAUUGGUACCUUGGGGAUCAAGUAUGAGAGAGUGACCUACACUUCUGAUUAUUUCCCUGAGCUGAUGGACAUGGCGGAGAAGCUUAUGCGCGAAGGUAAGGCUUACGUCGACGACACGCCGAGGGAGCAGAUGCAGAAAGAGAGGAUGGAUGGGAUUGAUUCGAAGUGUAGGAACCAUAGCGUUGAGGAGAAUCUGAAGCUGUGGAAGGAAAUGAUUGAGGGAAGUGAGAGAGGGUUACAGUGUUGCGUGCGCGGGAAGUUAGACAUGCAAGAUCCCAACAAAGCUAUGAGAGAUCCUGUUUAUUACAGAUGCAACCCUAUGUCUCACCACCGUAUAGGGAACAAGUAUAAGAUAUAUCCAACGUAUGACUUUGCCUGCCCGUUUGUUGAUUCUAUUGAAGGUAUAACGCAUGCUCUUCGGUCUAGUGAGUAUCAUGACAGGAAUGCUCAGUACUAUAAGGUUCUGGAGGAUAUGGGAUUGAGGAGAGUUGAGAUUUAUGAGUUUAGCAGGUUGAAUCUUGUUUACACUCUUUUGAGUAAGCGGAAGCUUCUAUGGUUUGUUCAGCAAGGGUUGGUUGGUGGGUGGGAUGAUCCUCGCUUCCCUACAGUGCAAGGCAUUGUUCGUAGAGGUUUGAAAAUUGAGGCUCUGAUUCAGUUCAUUCUCGAGCAGGGUGCUUCCAAGAAUCUAAACUUGAUGGAAUGGGACAAGCUGUGGACUAUUAACAAGAAGAUCAUCGACCCUGUGUGUCCUAGACACACGGCUGUGAUUGAAGAGCGGCGUGUACUGUUGACAUUAACCGAUGGUCCUGAUGAGCCGUUUGUCCGUUUAAUACCAAAGCACAAGAAGUUCGAAGGUGCCGGAGAGAAGGCUACCACUUUCACCAAGAGGAUAUGGAUAGAGGGAGCUGAUGCGAGCGCCAUCUCUGUUGGUGAGGAAGUGACUUUGAUGGAUUGGGGAAACGCCAUUGUUAAAGAGAUUACUAAAGACGAGGAAGGUCGUGUCACUGCGUUAUCUGGCGUUUUGAAUCUCCAAGGAUCUGUGAAGACUACAAAGCUGAAGCUCACAUGGUUGCCUGAGAUUGAUGAGUUGGUCAAGCUCACAUUAACAGAUUUUGAUUACUUAAUCACCAAGAAGAAGCUGGAGGAAGAUGAUGAGGUUGCUACAUUUGUGAAUCCUUACACGAAGAAGGAAACAUUAGCACUUGGUGAUUCUAAUAUGAGGAGUCUGAAGUGUGGAGAUGUGAUUCAGCUUGAGAGGAAAGGCUAUUACAGAUGUGAUGUUCCUUUUGUCAAACCUUCAAAGCCCAUUGUCUUAUUCUCAAUUCCAGAUGGAAGGCAACACCAGCCACUCUCUGCUGCUAAGUGAAAGAAUGAAACCACACGGAGAGAAACAACAACAAGAACAAACUCUUUUCAUUGAUUAAAAUGUUCCAAACUUUAUCUUUAUCUUCUUUGCUUAAUGUUUUACAAUUAGAGAGCUCAAAAAAGGAAGACAAAGAUUAUGUUUA